AUGGAACAAGCCCAAAGUUUGUUAUUAAAUGAGCUUGCAUUUGUCAGAUGUCCAGAUCCACAAAAAAAUAUAUUUAUUUAUGAAUGGCUUAAAUAUUUGGACAGAAUUUUAACACUUACUAAAAAGUCAGAUUUAAAAAAUAGUCAACAAAAACUAGUCGAACAAUUAAAUGCCAGAAUUGUCCCAAAUGGUUGUUCUCAUCCAACUCGUUUGCUUUUAGGCCGUUGUAUUGCAAAACUUUUUUCUGUUGCCGAUGCUUCCCAUCUUUUUGAAACGAUUAAUUUGUGCAAUGAUGCGUUAAAAGACCCUUCAGUUUUAUUGCAGGUUAAAUUGACAGCACUUUCCGUACUCGGUGAAAUGUUUGAAUACUUGGGCAGAAUGGUUGGUCGAAGUUAUGAAGAAACUUUUCAAUCAUUAUCAAAAUGGCUUAAAAGCGCUGAGUCAAAUGCCCGCAUUGAAAUUUUGAAAACUAUGGCCAAAAUGCUUCAUGGUCUAGGCUCUGGAACCUUUCCAAUUUUUAAAGAUAUUUACAAAUGUUUGGCCAAAGCUCUAUUUGAUAGGGUAAUGGCUGUGAGGGUGGCUGCUGCAAAUGUAAAUAUUUUUUCUUUUUUUUUUUUUGUUUUUUUUUACUUGGGGCUGGUCUUAUGGGGUCACUAGAAUAGGUGUUCACACAAAUUUAUCACAAAUAUUUUCAGGAUUUUCCUUUCUGAUUUUCAUUUCCUCGCAGGGUCUUUAACUUUAUUGGGUAUUUGUGGGCAGGCCCGUAGCCAGGGGGGUGAGGGGGGGG